UUGGCUGUUAAUUUUGUUACGAAUCUUGGUAUAAGUGUAAGCUGUUCCACCACAUGUGCUGUUAAUGCAGCUUUUGUUUUGGGUUGAGCAGAGCUGUUAGAUGGUGGAUCAGAAAGUGUCAGAUUUUGCUGUUGUAGCUGAGUUUUGUGUCUGUUUGACAGAUGGAGACGGUGGAGGAGGUCAUGUUACGAGCCUAUGACAAGUUUAACAUCCAGCUACAGAGUAUCCAGGUGCUCUAUGCUACAGGAAAUGAGGACUGGCGGAGUGCCAGGAGGAUGGGGAACUCCAACAUGCACGUGUUACGCCCCAUCUCCAUCCACCUGUGCCUGCAGAAGUGUAUGUUUGACAAGGACCCACGUAUGGCCAAGAUGAAGGUAUCGGGAGAGUUGCCGUUGCUGAGUCUAGGACUGUCCGACUACAGACUGCAGCAGUUGAUUGACCUGGGCAUGAGUAUUCCACUACCAGAACCACCGGACACCGACAUGGAGGAUAUUUUCGCUCUCACCAUCAGAAAGAAACCCAAGGGCCCCAGCACUUUGCCCUCCGCCGCAGAGCCUGAUGUUUCACCCAACAGCCUGAAGAAAGUCGUGAAUCCUCCUCCAGGAGGAACUGGAAAGUCGUCCUCACUACAGAGAGCCACCUCACAGGAGUACGUCAAUGCCACAGACAUGGAGCUGAACUUUGAGAUUAAAAAGGUGGAGAUAACUCUGUCACAGCGAAUCAACAAGCAGGAAGUGCCAAUGGUGAGGCUCCUGGUUGAGCGGCUCGGCACCACGAUGAAGAUGCGAACGUUUGACAUGAGCGUGGAGGCAUAUCUGGGCGGGAUCUACUUACAGCAUCUCAAGUUGAAAGACUCGGAUCAACUUCGCGAUCAGCUGAUCAACAACAAACUUCUCACAGUCACUGAUGAAGGCCCCAUCAUUAAUAUUAUCAACACUCCUGCUCACAAAGACCCCAAGUUCAAACUUCUGACUGUCAGCUAUCUAAAGGCUAAUGGAGACGGCCCUGAGUUCUCAACAACAUACGGCAACACGGAGCAGAGCAUCAAUGUUCACUUCUCUGCCCUUGAGGUUCUUCUCCACUUGGGGGCGCUGCUAGGCCUAAUGGAGUUCGCUCAGAGUCUUCAGCCCAACAUCCCGCCUUCGACUGUGAAGGAGGUGAAGACUACAGAGAAAGACGAGGCCGGAAAAGAGAAGGAUGGCACUGUGGAUAAACCCAAGCGGAAACGUAAAGUGAAGCCUAAGGACCCCAAGAUCAUAGACAUCAAGGUCAAGGCCAACCUGGACUCAUUCGGGGUCGCUAUCUGCACUGCCGACAAACUCAUCACAGAUGUGAAGAUCAAAGGUAUUGAGUCCACUGUAGCUGUCCAACAGGCGAAGACUACGGUUGCCGCAGUGAUAAGGGACAUGAUAGUGUUUGACCCCAGUCCUAAGUCACUUUACCCUCAGAUCCUGUCAAUAGAAGGCUCAGAAGUCCUGAAGGCAGAUAUUGUGGCGUACAACGGCGGCACGGAGGGCGAGAAGUUUGCUGACAUGAACUGCGUGGACACGAGCGUGGCCGUGAAGAUCGGAUGUAUGAAGAUCACUUUCCUGAACAAGUUCGUCACCGAUCUUCUGGCUUACAUGGACCACUUCCAAACAGCCAAGGACGCGCUGAAGGAAGCGGGUGAAACAAUGGCUGAGAAGUCACUGGAACAGGCUCAGAACAUUCAGGCCACAGCGGCGCGAAUCCUCCUGGACAUCCAGAUGAAAGCGCCGCUCAUCGUCGUCCCCCAGUCCUCCACAUCAUCCAACGUGCUCUGCGUCGACCUGGGAAUGCUGACACUGGGCAAUGAGUUUCAAAUGGCAAAGGCAAAGGCAUCCGAUGGAAGUCCGGCGGUGAUGGAUCAGAUGAAGAUAGAGCUGACGUCGCUGAAACUUUCCAGGUACUGGACAUUUUUUAUCCAGUUAUUGCUGCCAAUUGCUGACAAUACAGAAUAUUCUAAUGCCUUACCUUUCAGAGCCAAGAGUUCUGUUAUUUGUUGUUCUUUUCUCGCCUUGCUGAUGACAUUUUUGGACAAACUGGAGAAAUGUAUACCUGUCAUUUAUUGCUUGAUACAGUUGUUAGUCUUAGACCUGAGUCAUUGCAUGGGAUAA